GACUGCAGAAUUGACUGCAAUGCAAAAAAUAUUCUAUCCGCGAGGGUGGUUUGAUCGUAAGAAUCUAACCCAAAAAUAUGUUCCGAUACUUAUGUAUAUUCAUGCUUUUCUCGUUAAUUUCCCAAUCUGAUGUAAAGUUAGGCUCUGAAGAGGAACAUAUACUUGAGUACAUGUACACCUUCUUUAAUUCCUCCCACUAUGAAGUUGUUGGUUUGUUGGAUGGGGAACCAGUGGAUUUCUACAGUAGUGUUCUCAAGUCCCCUGUACCUAAAAAGAUCUGGAAUGAAAAGGAGAGAAGCUUUGGGAAUCAGUACUGGCAAGACCAUAUUACAAGUCGACAGAAGAUUGAUAAGUGGUUUUUAUCCGGAGCUGAAGACCUGAAAAUGCACAUGACAAAAAAUCAAAGCGGUGAUAUUGUGCAGAUGAGGUUUGGCUGUAAGAACAUCCCUGAACGCAACCCUGUUCACGAUGAGGAAACCCUGUUUGCUGAGUUUGCCUAUGAUGGAGAAACAACAAUGAACUUCAUUCAUAACACAAAUAAAUGGACUCCAGUAGAUUUUGCUGCUCAGUUAAUUAUAAACAAUUGGAACAGAAAAAAGAGCAUCAAAUAUCAAAUAACCAACUUUCUGAAUGUGGAAUGUUAUCAGGCACUCUAUAAUUUUCAGAAAUUUGAACUCAAUGCAACUCAGUACAAUAACUCAUCUGAUCCACUUAUCUACACUGUCCCUCGUGGCUCUCUAAAACCUGGGCACAACAACCUGACGUGUCUAGUAACCGGAACCUAUCCCAGCUCCUCACCCAUCGAGAUUAAUCUGUUUAGGAAUAAUGUAAACCUAACAGAGAUGGAGGGUGUCCGGUCAUCAGGGGUCAGACCUAACGAAGACAAUACCUACCAGCUGAGAAAGACAGUGAUGAUUAACGCCUCCGAGUCUGAAGUGUAUCAAUGUGUGGUCAAUCAUAAAAGCUUUCCCGGAACACGGAAAAACACUUGGGAGGUGAAAAAACAUUCAGAAGUGAAGAGUCAAGUGGAGGGAUCAGCUUAUAUAGGACUAUUUGUUUUUCUACUGCCUGUUUUUAUAGUGGUUGUUGUAUGGAUUUUGAAAAACAGACAAGAGAUCUGAGCGUAAUGGACAUUUGGCUGAUCAAGGAGGUGAAACCACUUAUGUCGAUCUGUCCACUGAGAGAGUAGAUCUUACAAAUGCACCCGAUGCUGAAGGUGAAAACGAUGAAGCCUAUGGAAGUCGUGGAAGCUCUGAUUCAGACCUGUCACAGAUUCAACUAACCUUAUUGGAAUUCAACACAGAGCCAGCUGACAACUAGUACAGGGUCUUAAGUAGGUACUUUGAAACACUCUUAUCGGAUUGUCAAUUUCCAAGCGUUUUACGUGCCAACUGAAGAAAACCCAGAGUUUAUAAUUAUGCAUUACCUCUGCCUGGGAUCAAGUUACCAGAGGUAACUGACUACAAGAGGAGACGCUCAACGCUAACAUGGACUGACACACAAUACAGUAAAGAAUAGUGAGGAAAUUAAGUGCUUGUUAGAGACAUUUCCAUGUGUCCUGAUCGUUGUCUGGCUGUUAUAGAGCUCAUUCCUAAGAUGGUGAUAGAUAUUUUACUAUGUAUUUGUAAUGUUUCUGUAAAGCAGGCUAGUUACGUCCUGUGUGCCUCAGUUGGUAGAGCAUGACACUUGCAACGCCAGGGUUGUGGGUUCUAUUCCCACGGGGGAGCAUUAUGAAGUAUGAAAAUAUAUGCACUUUCUUCUGUAAGCUGCUCUUAUUUUGUAAAUGUACUCGGAUGUCACGACUUCCGCCGAAGUUGGCUCUCCUGCCUGUUCGGGCGGUGCUCGGCGGUCGUCGUCACCGUCCUACUAGCCACUACCGAUCCCUUUUUCGUUUGUCUGUUGAUUUUGUCUUAUUAGUUUCACCUGUGUGUAUUUUAGUUUAAUUAACGCCCUUAUAUGUAGUAGGUUGUCCCACCCUUGUUUUGUGCGGGAUUGUUUUUGUAUUCAUGUCAUUUGGUGUAGUACUUGUGUUUUAUUCUCCGGUCUAUUUUGAUCCUGUGUUGGAUUAUUCACCCUGUGUGUUGGGUUGACCGUGUGUUUUUGUGUGCCGGAGAAUAAACUGUCGAAUCACUAAA